UAUUACAUGCCUGCUUCACCUUUGCGCGCCUUUAUUUUGAUUUAAUGGUCAUUAAGAUAUGUGUCGAUUAUGAAUCAUAGCUGAAGUAAAAAGUAGCAAAGAGCACUAACUCUAAACUUCUGUUCAAGUUGUUAUUCUGUCGAUGUAGUUACAUGCGGUUUCUCAUACCGUGUCAUAAGCUUGUUUGAAUAAUACGAACUCCGCAAUGGCAGAGUGCCCUUGCAUGUUGCUAGCUUCAACUCGUCGCGCAUUUUUGUCCAUGUAGAUCAUACAACUGUACGUCAGAAGAUGAAUGCGUUAACGGUAGGUUUUCAACGUGCGGAUUGGUUCAACUGCUUGACUGACAGCAGGUUUACUAGCAGUGUUGAAAACAUGUUUUCUGAUGCUGGGUCUUACACCUCAGACCCCAUGGGUCAGCCUUAGCGUCAUUACCGUACACAGUGUAGGUGCAAUAUCGUAGUCUAAACCUAAAUAUUUCAAGUUUUACUUCCGAUACUGCCAGUACUGUAGCUAAGGAUUUUUCGGAUAGGGAUCUGGAUAUGCGACGAGUUGACGUCAUGUAUAAAACGUACAGCAUCUAUGAAUGACUCCUCGGGAGUAGUAAAUGGCAGUUGCAAAAGGCUGUUAGCUUUGUGGAUGAAUGGUGUAACAUUACUACAGUGAAGGCACCUAUCCCUAAGUUUACUAAAAACAGUAGCAGAGGCUUCCAGAAGCUCACUUUCUGAAAUGGUUAAACAUGGCAUCAGUUUUUAGCGAUCUCGGAGUCAUAUUCGACCGCCUCAUUUAGUUCACAGCACAAAUUGCAGAAGUUGAAUCAGCUUCAUGUCUUUGUAAAUUGCUUCUGAGGACUUCAAUAAGACGAGAUGCUUGUCUGUAUUUCAGGCUGUACGAAGCUUACGUGGUUUUUAACGGACAUACUGUUUGCACGUUUGGAUUGCCAUUUGUCGACGGUAGAUUUAGUUCCCUUGUUGUGCAUGUUCAAGCUAUGUAUAUAGAACGUAAAUCCGCAUAACUCUGGCUUUCUUUUCUCUAUUAGCGCUUCGGCAAAAUGUUGGCAGCCGAAACUGUUCGGUAGUUCUUGAUAUUUCAUCUGCAAAGGAGAUUUCCUACCUAUAUCAAUUUAGAACACCACGGCUCUGUGUGCAACCAAAGGGAGCAUUUUGCUUGGGGAACAAGUGCAUAUACUUGGGGUAGCUGUGUCCGUCACCACGUAAUGCUGUCAUCUUUUUUCACACGAUGACUCUUACACAAUAAGAUCAAUAGGUAAAUAUGAAACCACUAGGGCUUUGCGUCUGUGAAACAGAUAGAUACAAGCGGGCUGUCUGCUCUAAUAUUUUAUUAAAACGACAGAUUGAAACUGAGUACCAGUCUAUAUGGCUAAGGAAUCGAGUGAAAAACGUUGGAUUGUUUGAAAUCUCAAAUUAAAUAUUUAUUUAGAGUAACCUGUAUAGUUGUUACGUUCUAUUGUUUUAGACACUCUUUAAUUUAAUAAAUAUUUCAAUUAUUGGGGGACGGGUGUGGAGUUCUCCAUGGGACUACAUAAAUUAUUAGGUGUUCGACUGCGUUCUUUCCGUUUUUUCCGUGGGGGUGUAAAUACGGGGAAUCUUCCUUGUUUUCACAUAAUAACGAAUAGAGGUUUUUUUCAAAAGUUGGCAUGGAAAGUUCUCACGCUAGGAUAUUGGACAGCAACUUCAAUUCAAAACUUAUGAUGACGUUGAUACGGCAAGAAGGUCAAGCUUCACAUUCGUAUCUAAAAAAUUUUAAGACCUAAUAUUCAGUGGUACUUAAUAAUCAACGGAGUUACAAAGGUUUUACGGAAGUGUAUACGACGAAAGAGAUUAAAAAGAAAUAAAUAAUCAUAAUAGCAGUCGCAGUAACAAUAGCCACUAUACAAGAACGAAAAUACCGUCGGAUUCGACACAUAUCAUAUAAAUUGAACAGUCUGUAAUCAAAUCUUGAAAUCGUGCUGUUUUACAACACACAUAUUCCUUAUAUAACUGUAUUAACAUCAGUUGCUAUAUUCUAUAAAAGUCUAUUUUAGAUAAUUUUUACUCAGGUUUAACAUCUGCGUACAGGUAAGACCGAAAUAUCCAGGAAUUCUACUACAGGUUUGUUUAUAUCUGUUUAAGCAAAUACAAAAUCAUAAUUAAUCCUGUUCCAGUUUCCGCCGGCAUCGUACAACUGACUAUGACAUCAGAUUCGUGUUUAUGAGUGAGUUUGUCUUCCACACUAUACCACCUGUAUCGCCUGCAAGAUGUUCAAGGUGUCUCUUCGAAGCAAGCCGCGCUGCUUCAACCACAAUAGUUUGGAAGCGUUGCGUAAUGAAUCCGCGAAACAAAAAAAAAGCCGUUCAAUACCAAGACACUUUGUCUCGUGAUUUUUAUGUGCCAAGCAACAAAACUACGCACGAAUUCGCUCAUUUCGACUUAUACCUUGUUCGUGUUAAUGAGAUUUCAAAAUUACAUGAAGGGCCAAUAAAGGUUCAAGCCAAAUGUCAUGUUCCUAAAGGAGACAAAUCGCUGUUUACAACUGAGCUGGAAGAGGCAUUAAUUGAGGGAACAGUUGAUUUGGCUGUUCAUUCUCUCAAGGACGUCCCUACGAAAUUGCCCGAAAAUCUUUGCAUUGGGGCAAUCCUUGAACGUGAGGACCCGUCCGAUGCCGUGGUAUUUCCGAUAGGAAGCAGUCUGACAAGUUUAGCUAAACUCAAGGCAGGGGCCAAAAUAGGAACAUCUUCACUGAGGCGCAUUGCUCAGCUGAGACGAAAAUACAAACAUCUAGAUUUUGUUUCGGUUCGGGGAAACCUUAACACGAGGCUAGAUAAACUGGACAAUAAAAAGCAAUAUGACGCGUUGGUGCUUGCUGUCUCAGGUCUUCGUCGGCUAAAUAUGGCUGAUCGUAUCUCGUGCAUAUUGCCAUCGGAGUUGUGCCUUUAUGCUGUUGGCCAGGGCGCCCUAGCUGUCGAAAUCCGUCGUAAUGACGACGUUACCCAAAGCGUGGUCCAGGCUCUCAAUAAUCGGAUGACUGCGCUUAGGUGUUUGGCUGAGCGCAACUUUAUGAUGACACUUGAAGGCGGAUGCAGUGUCCCCUUGGGAGUGAGCUCCGCCCUGAGUGAAUCCAGAAUUUUGAGUCUCAAGGGUGGAGUAUUUGCAUUUGCUGGUGAGGAGUCAAUCGUUGAGGAGAGCAAAGUUACCUUAACAAUCUGCAGUCAGAUUCGUCAGCAAGAAAUGCAUGUAGGCAUUUUAUGUCCAGGACUUUGUGCCUCGGAAGUGAACGAAGCGGUUGCCCUCGGUGCUAACCUUGCUCAAAAGCUACUGCAAAAGGGAGCAAAGGAACUUUUAGAGAAGGCGCGUGAAGAUGCAAGGCAGAGUAUAUUAUAGCUAGAGGGAAAAUCGAAAAUCUCUAUUGUCAACAAAACACUUAAUUGCACUCUUUUAGUCGGUGCCGGAUUUAAGGUCGAAAGCUCCGUGCAAAGUAUGACUGCCAUGUGAACAGAACAAUAAUUGUAGGUUAAAAUUGAAACGGCGGGCACAUACAACGUUGAGGAAGCGUUAUCGACGAUCAGGCUAUAGACAGAAGACAACAAAUUUACGUUAAUGGGUAAUAUAGAUUUGCUGUCUUGAAAUACCCUUGUCUCAGAACCAUAGUCCUUUCACAGCCAACGUUUGAUGUCUUAUUAUCGAUGAAAACAACUGUUUUUAAAGCCUAUCAUUGAUUACUAGAGACAAUGGUGGUCUAUACUACUGUUGUCUAUAAGAGGUACUUAAGCUUAUGGGCAUAACUGAUGCUUUUCGAACGAAGGCAUAUGUUUCUCUUGUAUGAGACAACUGACAGGCGAAAUGCAGUGAGAAUUCAGGGUUCGCAAAAAGCUGGCCGCUGAUGCAUUAAUUUUCUGCCUGGUUGAUUUGGCACGUGUGUAAAGUACAAACAUUGUGAAGUUAACUUUUAUGAUUUGGUUUUACGUAUGCAAUCUUUAGAGUAUCAGAGAAAUAGCACAAAACAGGAAGACAGGCGAUGAUAAUUAUAUCUGCAAUAUGUAAAAAGUUUUUAAUUUAGCUCAUAUGUAUGACGGCAUUGGUGGGAUUAAUAGGUAGCAAUGCGGUUGGUAUCAAAAUGAAGACUUUUUAAAAACACCUGUUACUGGCUUUUAUAAAUAUGGAUAUUCAAAUAAGCCGCAAUAUUUGUAAGAAUAUCACAUAGCUAUAAAUCAAAGGUAAGCAUUUUUCGGUGGGCAGAAUAAAAUAUUUGUGAAUGAACCUAAGUUUUCGAAUUAAAUAAAGGUGUAGUUUGGUAUUUUUGAAGAAAACGGCAGCGCCAAUUGACAAAUCCCUCUAAGGUGUUUGCUUAGCUUAUCAACUAAAACCUGCUCUAUGCGUCUGAUAUAAACCUACUACACAAAAUUGCAUGUGAAUCUCACAGUGGUUUGGGCCAUCCAACUCAUUUUGUGUUGAAAUGCUGAGAACAUUAAAGCGUACUUGAAAAUCCAGAUCUUGAAAAUAAAGUGCAGCUGAUAAUUAUUAUAGAAAAUGCUCAAAUACGUUAUAGCCGAAUUAACAUCUUAGAGAAAGGUAAAACAGGAUAUGCGAUGAAACAGUGUACACCAAUUGACCAUAGUCAUGAUCGAAUGUUGGAUCCUUGGAUCUUGACAGAUCUGAGUUGCCUGGUGGGGGCAUCACAGUUAUUAGAUCUAUUCAAAUUACCAAGUUUUCCAACAACGUACGGUUGAUUGUGUGGGUACGUCUCUUUAUUGGUAGUGUUAUAAAGGCGUUGUUCAUUGUAAAAUGAACAACACCAAUAAUGUUGAUAAAGUCACAAUAUUAAUGAAAGAAGUACAUUGGAUGAUUAUAAACCUUUUUUAUUCAACAAAUAAAUUUCGAUAUUUAUAUAGCAAAUUUCACACUAAUGCUUUCUAAAAUAUUUAUCUAUAUAAUAUUUUAAUGUUUUUCAUACAUAAACUGAAUAACUUACUUAGGUAUAUCGACCUUGUCAGGUUAUUAAUUUUAGUAAUAAAAAAAAAAUUCCUUUUUGCUUUCAACCACAACGAAACCUUAUGAUUGUAUGCCUUCAUUGAAUAAAUAAUUAAUCAUCCAUAAAAUAUUUUCUCGUUUGUAUUUCUGAUUAAAAUCGUAAUAAACGACUUUUAACCCGUUGACUAGAGGUUAGUGGCCGGUUCAAAACAGGCUGAAAUGUAAGAACGUCCUUCGAUUCUUUGCUUAUUUUUAACACGGCCCCUAUGGUUCUGGUGAAGUUACUAUUGGAAUCCGUAAAAUGCAAUAGUUUGUUAGUUAACGUUCAUUUAGACAAAGCUGAUUUUUGCCAAGCAGCGGCUCUAGCUCGAAAGAAGUUUAUCUCUGCCCAGAUUUGAACCUGGGCAAUCUCAUGUGUCCCUACGUUAAGCACAUUUGGGCGUUACCACUAAACUAUUGCAAGUGCCAAAGUAGUUCACUUUUUUUUUACUUGGGUGUUACUCGGCGGCUAACGGUACCUAGUGUGAAAUCUGGGAACUCACCAAACCCGUAUUCCUUCUGCUUUAUUCAAGAGCUGGGAUUGUACAAGAUUACUUAUGUAGAGACAAAUCUAAUCUAGUCGAUGUACAACUGUCUGUGCUCGUACACGAUUUUUGCUACAAACAAAAAUUAUAGCCCAAUUGAGUUUAGCUUCCUAUUAGCGUCUUUAUUAUUUAACGUCUUCGAUCAUUUAAUAUAAUACAUAUACCACAUGUUAAAGCUCAACGUGUUGCAGCAGUCAUAAUUCAAAAUUAUAAAUAGCUGUUUAUAACCAUUGUAUAUUUAUUCGCAUACUUUAUCAAAUAUAAUGUUAACGGGUUUUUUGUGCAUUCGUUAUUUGCGCCUUAUGCAACUUGUAGCAGACUCUGUCAACGAUAAGCACUUCAUUAUAUUUCAGACAAGUGUAAUGGGCUCCAUUUGUUUCGCUUAAUAUCAUUGGAUGGGUUGUUUUAUGUGACGUAUCAUAUAGUCGUUUGCACAGCGAUCAAGGAUAUGUUGGUUCUUCUUAGAGCUUAGCGAGCAAUUCCUGAAUAACAAUCUAUAGUUUUAACUUGUAUAAUAAUUGAUUUCGAUUCCAAUGUAGAUUAGUAUAUUUGUAAUUAAUAUCGACACUUCUGUGUUCAUGUUAAGUAUCUAGAUAGAUUGUGUUAUACGCCAGCGGUGUACCUUCGACUGGAUAUCUCACAAAAACAUUUCGAAUAAUAGUUUUUCAUUAAAACGUUCAGGUCAUACUCCUCUGGAGUCCCCGUAACAUCCGAAUAUUUAUGCAACACGACAGAGGACAGAGAAAGAAAACAAAGAUGCAGCCAAACACUGCGUAGUAGAAAAUAAUUUCAACAAUUAGAUAUGUUUUUCUUGAGCUCGUUUCUUGAAGCCUUCUGGACCAAAUGCUGCCUUUGUUAACCGUAGUUUAAAAUACUGAAACUGAAAUAAAAGAUUCUGAGAAAUAAGACGAAUGAUUAUACAUACGAAAACCACAAACAGGUAGCGUAACGGAAUUGAAACAUUUUGACCACAACGGAGUUAUUUGACUGAGUGACAUGGAAGUUGGAGAGAAACAUUUUGGAUAAGCUAGGGUUGGUAUGUCACUGCGACUUACUUAGUGGGUCAGACUAACAUGACCCACGACGGGUUAUAUAUAUAUAUAUAUAUAUAUUUAUUAUAUAUAUACUCGCGUCAAAAAGCUUGUCUUUCGUGUUCCAUGAAAUAGUAUUUAAAUGCUUUCCUUAGACGGUUGAAGGUUGUCUGAUUUUAUCGGUAAUUCGAAUUUAAUCAGCGGCAUGUGAAGAUACUUUCAAAACACUUAAAAUGAAGUCAUUCGCCGUAACGGCAGAGCUUCGAAUAAAGCAUACUUCAAUAUUUGUUUCUCGCUACUUAAAGAAACAUUAACGAAAAUUAUCGAAGCGACACUGUGCCAGGGUCUCAAACCUAACAAUAUCAGACAACGUAACGCACAAAUAUUUUAAAAAAAAGCUAUAGAGCCGACGAUGAAAGAAAAACAUUUUGCUAGACAAAAAAAACUCAAAACAAAGAAAAAUAAUAACGCAAUUUAUUGUUGUUAUAACAGUCUUAGAGUGCUCGCUUUAUUCGGUAAU